AUGAGAGAAAUAGAACUAGAAGAUCCAAAAUUAAUGGAAGAAGUGGAUCAUGAAGAGCAGAACUUGCUGAAUCUAAGAUCCAAAGCUACAGAAUUUCUUAUAAGAGAAGAAUAUGAAGAAUCUAUUCAAGCCUGUUCUCAAUUCAUUACUCUCUGCCAAGAUUAUAUUUACAAGAAUUCCCCCCAUUUUGAUUCAGACCACUUCUUGAAGCUCCAAAAAUCCAUCUGUUUGUCUUUCUCGAACCGAGCCGAGGCCAGAUUCCGGCUGAAGGAAUUCUCUGCAGCAUUGGAGGAUUGUGAUGAAGCUCUGAGAAUUGAAAGCACUCAUUUCAAGACUCUACUUUGCAAGGGAAAGAUUUUGCUGAAUUUGAAUAAGUAUGGUGUGGCAUUGGAGUGUUUCAAUGCUGCAAACCUAGAUCCUCAGGCUAAUGAGAAUUCUGAAACUCUAAAUGGGUACUUGGAAAAGUGCAAGAAACUAGAGUUUCUUUCGAGAACUGGUGGAUUCGAUGUGUCUGAUUGGAUUCUGAGUGGUUUUCGAGGAAAAGCACCGGAAUUAGCAGAGUAUGUGGGUGCAGUGGACAUCAAGAAGUCUGAUAUAAGCGGUCGUGGCCUAUUCACAACGAAGAACAUUGACAGUGGGACUUUGUUACUGGUCACCAAGGCUAUCGCGAUUGAUAGGGCUAUAUUUCCCCAAGAUUCAGGUGAGAAUGUGCAAUUAUUUAUUUGGAAGAAUUUCAUUGAUAAAGUGGUUGACUCAGCCACAAAAUGCAGAAGAAUUAACAGUUUAAUUUCAAAAUUAUCGACUGGCGAAAACGAGGAUAGCAUGGAAGUUCCUGAGAUAAGUCUGUUUAGGCCUGAAGCAGCUGAUAAUUGCAGCUUUUCUUCUGAGAACCAGUUCGAUCUAGGCGAAAUAUUGAGCAUUUUAGAUGUGAAUUCUAUUCUUGAGGAUGCAAUCUCUUCAAAAGUGCUAGGCAGAAACACUGAAUAUCAAGGUGUGGGAUUAUGGGUAUUGCCUUCUUUCAUUAACCAUUCUUGUCAUCCCAAUGUAAGGCGCUUGCACAUAGGUGAUCACGUCGUAGUCCAUGCCUCAAGAGACUUGAAGGCAGGCGAAGAGCUUACAUUUGCAUAUUUCGACGUGCUUUCACCUCUCAGCAACCGGAGAGAAAUGGCCGGGAAUUGGGGAUUUACUUGUUGCUGCAAGAGGUGCAAAUUUGAGGACGGUAUCUACUCCAAUCAAGAAAUGAGGGAAAUCGAAAUGGUUCUCGGAAAAGGACUAGUCGAUAUGGGUGGAAUCGUAUACAGAUUGGAGGAAAGUAUGAGGAAGUGGAUGGUUAGGGGAAGAGCAAAAGGGUAUUUGAGAACAUCAUAUUGGUUAGCCUAUUCAAAAGUGUAUGAAUCAGAAAAAUUGAUGAGAAAAUGGGGAAGAAAAAUUCCUUCAAUUGAGAGUGUAAUUGAUAGUAUUGUGGAUGCAAUUGGGAGUGAUGAAAGGGUCGUGAAAUUGUACAUGGAAGGAGGAUUAAAGAUGGGGGUAGGCGGGUACAAUGGGGUGGUGGAAAUGGACAAGGCAAUGAAAUUUGGAAGAGGGGUUUAUGGGAAGGUAAUGAAAAAACAAGCAAUGAAGAUUUUGCUUUAG